AUGAAUUAUCUCGCUAUCGACUUGCCGUGGGCAGGUGGCCCCAUCGAGGCGGUCUCGUUCGAGAAAGUCGCCUCCGCGAUGGCCAAGUUUAUCUCCACCUCCCCUGAUCUCCACUGUUUCGAGCCCAAACGAUCCAACGAGAUCCAGCGAUUCGCAAGAUUCUCCAACAGCUUCCAGCCUCUGCCCAUGGAUCUGGACCCCACCGCCCACCGCAUGAUGUAA